CACUGAUUCACAUAAUUCUGAGGAUAGAUAUGACAACAUGGUCCAGGUACAGUGCCAAUUGGCAGGAAUUGCCAUAGGACAAUUGCUCCUCCAACUCGGAACCGCCGCCCAGAUCCCACUCUAUCCAGAAUCUCAUACUGAAGGAUAUAAAUUCGACCCAUUACUACACUUGCCUGGAAUCAGUCCCUAUUUCGAUGUUAUAGGAUCAGGACUAUCUCAUGCCGCCCCGCAGUAUUGUGAAGUGACGGCGGCUUCAUAUCUGAUCCGACACGCUGCAAUUUAUGCAAACGAUGACGACUAUGAACAGUACAUUGAACCAUUCAUUAAGAAGCUCAACUGCACAUACACUUCUUCCCUCUCUAACAAGAAGCGGGGAGGGUGGAAAGGCCCUCUUUCCUUCGAUAAAUGGGAGAACCCAAUUAACGAUCCAGAGAACCAAUUGGAACAGAUCACUCCCCAGGGAAUCAAAGACUCAAAGAAAGUGGGAAAGCGUCUUCUUUCUCGAUACCCGAAGCUGGUACCCACGACGAAACGGAUAUAUGCGGACAAGAGAGCGAGGAUAAAGGACACGGCUGCCGCGUUUGUGAAGGUGUUUCCACAGGAAGUAGAGGUUGUGGAGAUUAACUUGAACCGGUCCUCUUUUCACGCUCAAGAUCCACAUAAAGCAUGCAAAGCUUUCUCAAAGAAACCUGGGAAUGGCGAGCUUGAGACAUUCAUGUCACAUUACACAAUCCCCAUCAUUAGUCGUCUGCAGAGAUUCUCUCCCGUGAAGCUAGCAGAGACAGAUAUCAUGGGCCUCCAACAACUCUGCGGCUACGAAUCCGCGAUCCGGGGAAAGAAAAGCGAUAUCUGCGACGUGUUUACAGACUCGGAAUGGAUGGCCUAUGAAUAUGCAUGGGAUCUGAAAUACUCCUAUAUGGUCGGACAUGGCAACCCGUUAUCACCGUACCUUGGUUUCCCCUGGUUGAACACUGCUUCAGAACUGAUGUCGAAGUUCCACGCUCCGAGACAUGAAGAGGGAGAGGGAGAGGGAGAGGGAGAGGGAGAUAUACCUGAUGACGAUGGCCAACGCUUCUUCCUCGCUUUCACACAUAGAGAAGUCCCGCCUUUCAUAGCUACCGCUCUCGGGCUGUUCAACUCCUCGAACGCAUUCGCGGAAGAGUUCCCCACUGACAGGAUAAACUGGAGCCGGAGUUGGAAAAUGGCGGAACUCAUCCCUUUCCUUGGCCAUGUGGGAAUCGAGAAGUUGACAUGUAAGGAAGUGAGUAUGGACCAGAAGGAGGAGAAGGAGUAUGUUCGGGUUAUUGCAAAUAGUGCACCGAGACCGAUUCCGAGGUGUCAGGAUGGACCGGGAGCGAGUUGUCCCUUUGACGAGUUUACGCGGAUUGUGAGGAGGGGGAUGGAGGUCUAUGGGGAUUUUGAUGGAGUUUGUGGGAAUGAUGAUGAGGAGGAUUUUGGGGGGUUGUGAAAGUGGUAGGUGUGCAGUGUGUCAAAUGAAAUUAGAUUAGAUUAAUGGCUAUUGAUCUAAUCUAUCCACG